UCCCCCCACUUUUUUCAAAAAUGGUUGCCUCCAGUGUUCUCGGUUUCCCUCGUAUCGGUGCCAACCGUGAGAUCAAAAAGGCCGUUGAGGCUUAUUGGGCUGGCAAGAUCACUGCCGAUGAGCUCACCAAGGCUGCCGCCGAUGUCAAAAAGGCUAGCUGGGCCAGCGUUAAGGAGCGUGGUGUUGAUCUCGUUCCUAGCGGCGAGUUCUCGCUAUACGACCACGUCCUCGACCACUCUGCUGCCUUCAACGUCAUCCCCAAGCGCUAUCAGGGCCUCGGUCUCUCCCCUCUCGAUGUCUACUUCGCGAUGGGCCGUGGUCGCCAGAGCGAUGGCGUUGACGUCCCCGCCUCCGAGAUGAAGAAGUGGUUCGACUCCAACUACCAUUUCGUCGUCCCUGAGUUCUCCGAUGAGACCGACUUCAAGCUCAACUUCAACAAGGCUGUUGAGGAAUUCAAGGAGGCUCAGUCCCAUGGCAUCACCACUCGCCCCGUUGUUCUUGGCCCAGUCUCCUUCCUCGUCCUCGGGAAGCCCGGAAAGGAGGCCAAGCCCGGAUUCCAACCUAUCAGCCUCCUCCCCAAGCUCCUUCCUCUCUAUAAGGCCCUCCUUGCUGACUUGAAGGCUGCUGGUGCCGAGUGGGUUCAGGUUGACGAACCCAUCCUCGUUCUCGACACCGCUGCCGGCCUGGAGAAGGAGUUCACGACCGCCUACACUGAGCUCGCCCCCGUUGCUCCCAAGAUCAUGCUUACCACCUACUUCUCUCGCCUCGACAGUAACUUGAACUACAUCGCCAAGCUGCCGGUUGCCGGUCUUCAUAUUGAUCUUGACCGUGCCCCUGAACAAUUGGGCGAGGUCCUCGCUGCCAUCAAGCCCACCCCGAUCAUCCUCUCCUUGGGUCUUGUCUCUGGACGUAACAUCUGGAAGACCGAUUUCGCCGUCGCCGUCAAGCUCGGUCAACAGGCCAUCGACGCCGUCGGUGCUGACAGAGUCAUCGUCGCCACCUCAUCCUCCCUCCUCCACACUCCCGUCACCCUCGCCUCCGAGACCAAGUUGACUGAUGAGCAGAAGGAUUGGUUCUCCUUCGCCCUCGAGAAGGCCAGUGAAGUGUCUACCAUCGCUGCUGUCCUUUCUGGCUCGCAAGACGCUGCCGUUGCUGCCGCUUUGGAAGCCAACAAGGUCUCCAUCGCCAAGCGACGUGCCUUCGAGCAGAACUCUGAUGACACCGUUCGCAAGCGCGUCGCUGCCAUCACUCCCGACAUGCUCGACCGCAAGAGUCCCUUCUCCGUUCGCAAGGAGAUCCAGGCUAAGCACCUCAACCUCCCCAAGUUCCCCACCACUACCAUUGGUUCCUUCCCUCAAACCAAGGAGAUCCGUCAAGCCCGUGCUAAGCUCGGCAAGAAGGAGAUCACUGAAGCGGAGUAUGAGGAGUUCAUCAAGAAGGAGAUCGAGAACGUUGUCCGCUUCCAAGAGCGCAUUGGCCUUGAUUUGCUCGUCCAUGGCGAACCCGAGCGUAACGACAUGGUCCAAUACUUCGGUGAACAGCUCAACGGCUUCGUCUUCACCCAGAAUGCUUGGGUCCAGAGCUACGGUUCUCGCUAUGUCCGACCUCCCAUCAUUGUCUCUGACGUCUCCCGCCCCGGCCCCAUGACCGUCAAGUGGAGCAGCUAUGCUCAGAGCCUUACCAAGCUCCCCAUGAAGGGUAUGUUGACCGGACCCGUCACCAUCCUCAACUGGUCCUUCCCUCGUGCCGAUGUCUCUCGUGAACUGCAAUCCAAGCAACUCGCUCUUGCCCUUCGCGACGAGGUUAUCGACCUCGAGAAUGCUGGCAUCAGCGCCAUUCAAGUCGACGAACCGGCCAUCCGUGAAGGAUUACCUCUCCGUCGCGGGGACUGGGACGCCUACUUGAAGUGGGCUGUCGAUUCAUUCAAGCUCGCCACCGCCGGCGUCACCGACAAGCUCCAGACCCACUCUCACUUCUGCUACUCCGACUUCGACGACAUCUUCCCCUCCAUCCAACGCCUUGACGCUGACGUCAUCUCCAUCGAGGCCUCCAAGAGCGACAUGAAGCUUCUCAACACCUUCAAGCAGUAUGGAUAUUCCAACCAGAUCGGCCCUGGUGUUUACGACAUCCACUCUCCUCGUGUCCCUGGCGACCAAGAGAUCAAGGACCGUCUCAAGGCCAUGCUCGGGAUCCUCCCCGACACUCUUCUCUUUGUCAACCCUGACUGUGGCUUGAAGACUCGUGGCUGGAAGGAAACUGAGGCUUCUCUCGUCAACCUCGUCGAGGCUGCCAAGUGGGCUCGUCAGAUCUACGCUUAAACGGCCCUUCCUUCCGCUUCAACAGCGUUCGCAGAUUUGGUUAACUUAUAACGAGAUGGCUUCGUCUGAUCGUUUGGUUUUGACCUUGCGGUAGUUGUGGCGCGAUCUGCUGGCGGCGCCUCGUGCGCCAAUUUUAGGCCAGCACUCAGUAGAUGCUACUAUGUGGGCCCGCGGAGUGCUUCAAAUUUGGGAGGCAGGAACUUUGCGUGUGUGCUGUAGUGGUAUUUGGAUUUCAACAAUCCCGGCUUUGCAUCUGUAUAUAAUCAUGAAAAGACAAACGGGUAUUGGUUUUGUGUUGCGCAUACAUUCUUAUCACCAUUGUGAAUGGCAUGCAAUGAGACC